AAGGGAGAUCUGGAAAUGACAGGCGGAUAAACAAGCUCGUAGACAGAGACAGAAAAAGAGAGGGGGAAUAGCGAGAGAAAGAGAAAGGGUGUGAGUGAGGGAGGGUAGACAAUUGGAAGGAUUAGAGACCAAUAAUCAGAUAGAAACAGAACAGCAGACAGAAGACAGAGACAAGAAGGGAUGGCAGGAGAGAUAAAGACAAAAAUCUAGGACAGAGACACAUACAAAUCGAAAGAUGAGAGUAACAGACAGAUAUAUAAAUAGAUAAUGCGAAAGAAACCAACUCAGAUCAACAUAAAGACAUAUAAAGAUAAACGAAGAGUGAGGGUAGAAGGAAAGUAAAUAAUAAAAAGGGAGCCAUAAAUCCAUAGAUACCUAACAACGUAGGAAACAGUGAUGCCAAAGAAAGAUGCCUAUAAGAAAUAAUAACAUAAGAAAUAAGCGUGUCACAUAGAGCCAUACUCACAGAUACCGGUCGACAUUUCCCGCACGAGUCGUUUUAUCUAAAUUCCUUCUUCAUGAUAUUAUCUCAUGAUAAGAUAUUUUGAUACAAACGAGUGAAAGUUAGUAAGGGUACAGUUAAUACCCAUCGUAGUGUCGGUGCUGAGAGAAUAUGAUAUUGGAAUGGCGUUUCCCUCCGUGACCCAUGACACACAAGGAUCGUUGGCAACACUUGGUCAUAUGUCUAGGAACGGCCUCCAGCAUGUUCUCCCUUCCGUGGAUCUUGCAGAUGUUGGGCGUUGCGAUAGAAUCCGUCGAUAGAAUCCUACGUUUCCUCGACGAUAACACAGGGACUUUUGACGUCUACCUCUUCCUCAGUUACGUCUUAAAGGGCUUCCUCUUUAACAUCCUCGCAUCGUGGAGCUACGUCGGGGCAGGACUCGUUAUUUUCUACUGCGUCUCCUCGAGAGGACAUGAGGCCCAGCUAGAUAAGAAGAUAGCCCUCGCGAGAACCGACGCUGCUACAUUCAAGGACCUGUACAAAGAGGCUGGAAUCGAGCUGCCGCCGUGGAUCACCUUUCCAGAAGAAGAGCGAGCAGAAUGGUUAAGCAAGAUUAUCAAUCAGCUGUGGCCAAACGUUGAAGAAUAUGCUAGGGAUUAUUGCAAAUAUAUUAUGCAACCAUACCUAGCGAGUCGACUCAAAUUUAUAAACUUCAAAUUUAGCAAGAUACAUCUUGGCGACGUCGCCCCUAUGGUCACCGGUGUUAAGGUUCAUAAUAGCACCUCGCGCCACAGGAUUACAAUGGAUGUGAACAUUGUAUUUACAGGGAAUAAUUCAUUUGAAAUAAGCGCCAUUGGAUUCGAAGCAGGCAUUAAAGAAUUUAAAAUUUCCGGACAAAUGCGCAUCGUCCUUUCGCCUCUAGAAAAUUACGCUCCAUUCAUACGAGGUUUUCAAGCUUUCUUCCUCCGAAAACCUGAUUUCCAUUUCAAAUUCACUAAAGUGGCGGAACCCCUAAAUUACUUCGAGGAUGUGUUUGGUGACUUGAUGUUGAAGACCUGGGUUUUCCCGGAAAAAUAUUGUAGCGUCAACGACACCUUGGAUCAAAUGCCAGUCGUUCAGGGUGUGAUCCGCCUAACAUCGGUGAGGGCUGAGGACCUGGCUAGGGAAGCCUCACGCUGCACGAUCUCUCUCAGAGUACAAGAACAUACCGCAGAGACGACAAAAAGAUCUUGCAAUCCGAUUUGGAAUGAUCUCAGCUACGAGUAUUGGGUCGAGAACAGAGAUUCCGAAGUGGUUGAAUUUGAGAUUUACGACGGGAACAGUUUUAUAGGAUGUUGUGAACUGGAAGUUCAGAGGAUAUAUGAAGGCAUAGAUGAAGCCAACCCAAUACAACUAACCGAUGCCACGUUAGGUCGUCUGUAUGUCAACGCUACUUGGUAUGACCUAAAAAAUGAAGUUAUACCCUAUGAAACGGAGGAGGGACCCUUUCACGCGGCUGUUCUCGUGGUGUGGGUGGACUCCGUCAUAGGUCUCACUGGAAAACCUAAUCCAACAGUGCAGCUUCGUGUCGGUGACGAUAAGCCACUAAAAACAAGGAAGGAGCAGAAAGCGAACAACCCGGUCUUUGAGGAGGACUUCUUCUUAUUUGUAAAAGACCCGCGAACUGAAGAACUGAAGGUGGAGGUAAUUGACAUGAAAACAGUCCAGUCAUUAGGCGCACUGAAGUUCAGCAUUGUUGACCUGCUGACAGAACCGAAUCUUGAGAUUUUGGCAAAGGAAUACAGUCUGGAUGGGUCUUCUGCGUUUAUCCAGCUCAGCAUGUCUCUAAGGAUUAUGAAACCUAAUUGUAGUACCCAAAAUGCGGGCUCUAGUACUUCGAUACAGGUUACAGAUGUAACUGAUGCAGUACCAACAGCGAGCACAGAGCCUACUGCAGAAACUACGUGUGUUGAAGAGGUAAUCCCCGCAGUAGCCACUCCUCUGACGCAGAAUUCUCCCUCAUCAACAUGCAGCGAGGAAUCUCUAGACAGGGCAACACCUACAAGCAGUGCUGCGACACGUGAGCCUGGACGUAUUCAGCUGACAGUCAAGUAUGAACCGAACAUACUCACCGUUGUUGUACACCAGAUUGAAAAUUUACCAGUGGGGAAGAGUGGAGAGCUGCCUGACACCAAAGUGAAGCUGCACCUCCUGCGAGACCGCUCCAAAGACAUCAAGCAAAAGACCAGUCUCAUCAGAGGCGACUGCAAUCCCAAGUAUGAUGAGCGUUUUGAGUGUGCUAUCCAGCCCAUUGAGCUCACGCAAUGCAUCCUUGAAGUGCGUGUCAUCAAAAAGAGGGGAAUCUCCUCACUGGCGAUGGGUCAGGUCAUACUGGACUGCAGCAGCCUCCCUGACUCCAGCGAAAUGCCCCAGUGGUAUGACCUUACUCCAGCAGCCGAUUGCGAGAGAGAGGGAAGCCGGCAGAGUAUACGAAGCAGAAGGUGGAGAAGUAGUUUUCACAGAAUCACUAAAUAAGGCUGUCUGACAUCAGACACUUUUUUGACGCCCAAAUCCCGAUGGCAUCGGAAACGUUCGGCCAGAAUGUCUGUGGUAUAUCUGAAUUGCGCUCCGAAGUGCAGGCACAGAAUUAUGUCAGGCAGGCGCUAUAUAUCACAACGCAAAACAACUGAUUUAAUAAAGCAAUGGAUGCAUUAAUAUGGUGCUGUCAUAAAAAGUAUAUA